CUUUCUGUUCUUUGGUUUCCCAAACAGAAAUUCACACUUGGUAUCUUCAGAAUGACUACGGCCAACUUGACCUCAGUGAGUGGAUUUCUUCUCAUGGGGUUUUCUGAUGAGCGUAAACUUCAGAUUUUACAUGCACUUCUGUUUUUGGUAACAUACAUGCUUGCCUUGACAGGCAACCUCCUCAUUAUCACCAUCAUUACCUUGGACCUUCGUCUCCAUUCCCCUAUGUAUUACUUCUUAAAGCACCUCUCUCUUCUGGACCUCUGCUUCAUCUCCAUUACAGUCCCCCAGUCCAUUGCAAACUCACUUAUGAACAAUGGUUAUAUUUCCCUGACUCAGUGCAUUCUUCAGGUUUUCUUCUUCAUAGCUCUGGCCUCAUCAGAAGUGGCCAUACUUACUGUGAUGUCUUAUGACCGGUAUGCAGCCAUCUGUCGACCACUGCAAUAUGAGACCAUCAUGGAUCCCAGUGCUUGUAGGCGUGCAGUGAUAGCUGUGUGGAUUGCUGGAGGCCUGUCUGGGCUCAUGCACACAGCUGUUAACUUCUCUAUACCUCUCUGUGGGGAGAGAGUCAUUUACCAAUUCUUUUGUGAUAUUCCUCAGAUGCUGAAACUAGCUUGUUCUAAAGAAUUCAUGAAUGAGAUUGCAGUGGCUGCAUUUACAACCUCAACAGCCUUUGCCUGUUUGAUCUCCAUUGUGUUCUCCUACAUUCACAUCUUCUCCACAGUGCUGAGAAUUCCAUCAGCUGAGGGCCGCACUAAGGUCUUCUCCACCUGCCUACCACACCUAUUUGUAGUCACAUUUUUCCUCUCAGCUGCAGGCUUUGAGUUUCUAAGACCUCCUUCUGAUUCUCCAUCAGCUAUGGACCUCAUGUUUUCCAUAUUUUAUACAGUGAUACCUCCAACACUCAAUCCAGUCAUCUAUAGCUUGCAGAAUGAUGCCAUGAAGGCAGCACUGAGGAAAGUGCUGUCAAAAGAAGAAUUUGCUCAGAGAAAGAUGUAUUUCAAAGCUGUGUUUAAACUCUAAGGAGCUAUACAAAUAAAAAUAUUAUGCUUAAAUUGGAAAAGGAAUGAAUCUGAUCUCUUCCCAGAACUCUA